CCUCCCAUUCAGUCUUGCACAGGUGUACCGGCUCCUCCCCUCCAGUCCUGCACAGGUGUACCGGCUCCUCCCCUCCAGUCCUGCACAGGUGUACCGGCUCCUCCCCUUCAGUCUUGCACAGGUGUACCGGCUCCUCCCCUUCAGUCUUGCACAGGUGUACCGGCUCCUCCCAUUCAGUCUUGCACAGGUGUACCGGCUCCUCCCAUUCAGUCUUGCACAGGUGUACCGGCUCCUCCCAUUCAGUCUUGCACAGGUGUCCCGGCUCCUCCCCUUCAGUCUUGCACAGGUGUACCGGCUCCUCCCCUUCAGUCUUGCACAGGUGUACCGGCUCCUCCCCUUCAGUCUUGCACAGGUGUACCGGCUCCUCCCCUUCAGUCUUGCACAGGUGUCCCGGCUCCUCCCCUUCAGUCUUGCACAGGUGUACCGGCUCCUCCCCUUCAGUCUUGCACAGGUGUA